AACUCGUAGCAAAACAAAGCCCAACCGGUAAACUCACCGCCAUGCUGUCUCUCCUCCCCUUUCGCUUGCCGUCCCCGAUUGCAAGCACGCUCCCCAGCGCCGCCUCUCUCCUCCCAGGCCUCGCUAGGAUCCCCAUCCACCGAAUCCCGCCGCGAGCCAGCAUGAGCGCUGCGGCCGCCUCCACGCCGGAGGCAGCGACGUCCGCGGCCGUCGGCGAGGAAGCGAGGAAGGAGGCCGAGGACGUGGUGGUCCAGUACGUGGUGCUGCGGCGCGACCUGGCGGACGCCUGGCCGAUGGGCAGCGUGGUCACGCAGGGGUGCCACGCCGCCGUGGCCGCCGUCUGGGCGCACCGCGACCACCCGGACACGGCCGCCUACUGCGCGCCCGACAACCUCGACCGCAUGCACAAGGUAACACUGGAGGUGAAAGGGGAGACACAGCUGAAGAACCUGGCAGAGAAACUGGAAGCAGCUGGUGUCCGGCACAAGCUGUGGAUAGAGCAGCCUGAAAACAUCCCGACUUGCAUUGCCACAGCACCCUGCCCAAAGUCCCAGGUGGCUUCAUUCUUCAGGAAGCUAAAGCUUUGUAAAUGACUGAAGAAUACUCCCAAUCCUGUUUCUUGCCCUAUAUGAGGAUCAUCAAACUUUGGAAACCAUCAGCUUUGUUCGCGCUGCUGAUUUUGGUGUCGUGGAUUGGCAUUAGUAGCAUUGAAAACGCACAUUUUGCGGCCUUGUAUUGUUGAUACCUGUUUGAGUUUUGGAUCAACUGGUAGUUCCUGUUUCAGAAAUGGAUGUACUAGUAUAUUGGAGUAUCAAGUAAUAGAGAAUGAAUGAUCUUCAAUCAGAA